AUGGACCACGAGUCGGACAGCUCUACGGACCGGCGCAGUCGUUAUGCGACCUCAGCCACGGCUGAGGCAGCGAGUGGUUCGGCGGACGGCUUGUCGGCGGGGCCUGCCCCGUCGGCGGCCGCUAACCGCCGGCCACCUACGACUGUCCGGCCCAGCAGGAACGGAGAUACGCAGAGGAGCCGACGGGCACUUUCGGCGGAUGGGGGCUUGCCCCUGCACGCCUACGCCCGCGUACUUGACGUUGGCGGCCCGUCCCCGUCGUCCUGCGCUACCAAGGAAAACAGCAGCGCGGCCACAGUGCGGGCCGUUCAGCAAACGAGGGCCGAAACGGAUGCUUUGGCUACUGUUCCGGAGCAAACCAAGUCACUGGCGCCAGUGGCUUCAAUGGAUGCAGCGCAUACGCCGGAGGCAGAAAGGCAGCUUGCCUUCCUGAUGGGACUCAUCCCAGGCACAAAACCGGCAGCUGAAACCAUGGAGGUGGAAAAUCACUCGCGCAAGCGGCCUGCCGACGCGAGUGCUGCCACCACCUGCAAGAGGUCUGCCACUAGCUCGAACAGCAGCGCACCCACUCUCCGCACACAGCGGAAAGCAUCGAGGAAGGGUAACAAGACCCUUCCCCCGGCCGCUGACGAUGAGGGCUUCACACAGCCCUCCCGCAAGCACACAGCCAGGGCUGUCGUGCUCGCCCAACAGUCGGCCAUCAACACCGGCAACCGGUACUCCGGCCUCUCAAAUGACGCUGGAGAGCCCAUGGAGAGCCAACAGCAGAGGAAGUCGCCCCCACCGCCCCCUGUGGUCAUCAAGUGGACCGGCGGCUUCAAAGAGUUCCGAGAGAAAAUCAAAGCGGCACCCGCCAAGUCAACUGAGCAGCGUCCUGCCGACGCCGCCGUCGAACGGGGGCGUGGCAACCAGUCCGAGCCUGCUCCAGAGGCGGUAGUCGCUCACGGGCGCGGACCGCCGAGAGAGCAGCCUGCAACAGCGAGGGGCGGCCGCCGGCGCGGACGGCGGAGGGAGCGUCCUGCCCGCGAGACGCCAGCUCCACAGCCUGCUGUUCGAGACCAGGCAGCGGCACCACCCCCAGGCACUGACAGGACUUCUGCAGCGAGUGUCGCGGAAGAAUCUGCUGCUCCACUUCUGUCACAGUUAACAAAAUCCAGGGCCGACCUACAGAAGCAGAAAAUCCCAGUCAUUCAGAAUGCACCAAAACUGGAGAAGAAUUGCCACCCAGUCACAAUUAGGGGCGGUGCAUAUCACAGUAGUGAAAUACUGGCCACAACUCAUACAAAUAUUGUACUCAGUGUAAAUAUUUGA